CGGGAGGGCGGGGUGCCUUCUCAAGAUGGCGGCGGCGCGGUGGCGCUGAGCGGCGCGAUGGCGGCGGCGGAGGAGCCGCGUAGCCUGUUCGCGCUGAGCGCGGCGGCGGUGAGCCGCAGCAUGGGGGCCCUGGAGCGGGACGUCUGGGCGCUGCCCGGGCAUCUCCUGCGGGGGCUCCUGCCGCUUCUCACCGUCUUCCGCCUCGAACGGGCCGAGGGCGCUGCGCGGAGAGCAGGCCUCUCGACGCAGCCCAUCUGGCGCAAGCUGUGGGACGAUGUGAUGAAAACCAGGCCACCCAACUCAGAGAAUAUAACCUGUUGGAGGAAGAAGUUCCUUGAAACGUUCUUCUCAAACGUUCUUCAUGGUGUCUUGGAUGUUUCCUCUGACUGGCGUCUCAACGACCACCACUUUUCACCACUGCUCCACAGCUCCCCGCAUGUUUCUCAGCUUACCCUCUGCAACAUGCUGCAGGGUGCAGUGGAGCUCACUGCUGAGCACAACCAGAAAGUGCUUGAAAACCUGGCUGGCUCCCUGCAGAUCCUGAAGUUCCAGCACCUCCUCUCCUCCGACCAGUCCAUCAGGCGCUCGCUGGUUUUACUUCUUCACCGGUUGAUUCACCAUGGUUCUGUCAACCAAGUGUCUAUGUAUUCCUGGCCUGUUCCUGACACAGUUCUUCUUGUCCUCAUUUUGAGCAUGAGUGCUGGGUUUUGGCGCUCGGGAAAUGCCCUUGCAUAUCACAGCAGCCCAUGUGGCCUUUGCAGAGAGGAGGACAAAGCCCAAAGCCAGGAGUCAGCACAAGAGCGAGCAGAGAGGGGCUGUUACGAUGAGGGGGAGUGGAGCGAUGGUGGGAACCAGAAGGAAUCCCCCAGGGCUGACACUUGUCUGAACUCUGUCCUCUCCAGACCAGGAAGUCCUCUGCGAAACCAAGCAUGUGAGGAGUCAAGCAGCAAGGUGUCCUGUGACCACACCACCACUCGGGGAGGAUCUUCUUGUUGCAUCUCAGACCAGCUGUCCUGUCGCCCCAUUCUUCGAAAGACACGCAGACGGCUAAAAUCUGCAGUGGCGAAGAGACGUCGCUGCCUCAGACGAAGCAGGGGACCAUAUGCUGACCCAGAAGACCUGUAUGAUUUUGUUUUUGCUGUUGCUAGAGAGGAUAAUUCAGGGUUACUCGACAAAAAUAGUGCCACAGAGGGAGAAAACACUGAGAACUGGACUAGUUCUUCCCCAGGAUCUCCAUGCACUGGCCGUGCUGGCUGUAAGAAAAGAGGGGGAUCUGCUGGGAUCUUUUCUCUGAAAGCUGCUCGCCGCUUCCGAAGUGUGUCCACACUGGAAUUGUUCUCCAUUCCUUUGACUGGGGAGACGUGUCGGACUCUGAGUAACCUGCUGAGCUCCUGGGUGUCUUUAGAAAACUUGGUUCUGUCUUACAACGGCCUGGGUGCUAACAUCUUCUGUAUCCUCUCUGGGCUCCGGGCCCUCUCCUGCCACUCGGACUGCCACCUCCGCGUGGUGCGCGUGAGCGACGUCUUCUCCCACAUGCCUUGCAUGGAGCUUGUUCACUGCAUCCUGAGCGCCUUCCCCCAGCUCCACACACUCUCAGUCAGCUUCGACCUCAAAAACCAGCUGGAGGGGAACAGGCCAGAGGGGAAUCCAAGCUGCAGCGAGGUAGAAAUCCCAGAGAGCUGCCUGGAGCAGCUGGAGAUCCGAUUCCCCAGGGAACCUUUGCACACCGCAUUCCUGCUGCCAGUGCUCAAGGCAUCAAAGUCCCUCCAGCAGUUGUCCCUUGACAGCGCCACACUGCCCUGUUCCCAGGAGCUGGGGCUCCUUUUGGAGGCGCUCAGAGAGUGUAAUCCAAACUUGAAGAAAGUGAGCUUUCAUGAUGUGAACCUGGCUGAGCACCAGAAAGAAGUUCUGCUUUUGCUUCAGGAUCCCAUCCUGCAAGAAAUCACGUUUUCCUUCUGCCGGCUGUUUGAAAGCUCUACUACCGAGUUUUUGUCAGAAAUAAUCAAUACAGUGAAAAGAAAUUCAUCUUUGAAGAGCCUCAAACUGCCUGGGAAUCGCCUUGGAAAUCACAGGCUGAUUGCCCUUGCAGAUAUUUUCUCUGAAGAUUCAUCCUCUUCUCUUUGCCAGCUGGAUGUCAGGUAUUCCCCUGCUCUAAACACACUGAAUUCCUUAUUUCAAGGGGGCCAGAGGUGAACUGGGCUCAGAAGCAGAAGCCUGAGCAUGUUUUUUUUUCCUUCCUCAAGGAAACAGCUGACCAAAAAAAGUUUAGAGAAACACUGCAGUGGGCACAUACAACCUUAGUGGGACCUCCAGCAUCUCUAAGGCAUCUCACUGUCCCUUUUAUAAAUGAGUCAAGCUACAUCUUAAAAGUGGCUUUGGUUUGCUGCUCCCUUGGGAGCUGGAGGCCUUUCCUGGGCUGUAGGUCAGAACUAACAUCCCUAUAUACAUUUAUUCUUAGGCAUCAGCAUGAAUAGCUCUGUUCCCACUGCCAUAGGAGAGUAUCUUGUAAUUUCCCCUGUCAGAUCCUGUGAAGGCCUCUGCAUUCUCCUCUCGUCAUCUUUGGUCUUCAAAGCAGCUUGAACUGCUGUUCUCUUCUUGAGCCUGAACAGCCAGUAAGCUAGGCAUUAACCUUCAUGAAGCAUGCAGAGGGUGGCACUUCUGCAGUACUAAUGACUUUUUUGCUUGAUCAUUUUUCCCCUCCUUCUUUAUAUCCUAAUGCUUCAGGUUGCUGAGAGUACACAGGCUUGACAAUUUAACCAUGGUUCUCCUACAGUAGCCUUGAAUCCUGAUUGUUACUGUGCUUCUCACAAGAUUAGUCCAGCAUGCAGCUUAAUUUUUAUUUACACAUCUAUGCAAAGGAAAUGACCUUUUAACCUCCUAGAAACACCAGGACCUGACACAUGUGCUCCAGCUUUUCUCAGAAGGAAGAGAUAAAUGAUCACUUGCAUGUCAACUUGUAGGUUGGGCCAGGCCCCUUGGGCCAGGCCAUUGACAGCUGCUAGGAGACUGGAGCGCUCCUGGCACUGCUUAACCAGCAGUUUGGGUCCAGCAACAUUUUAAGGCCACAGCUAGGUCUACUUAAAUCAGUAGUAAGGAGGCCAGGAUAAUGGAUUUAACUUACAGGGGUUACCACCUUAGUUUUAAAAAGAUUACAGCCCUUUGUAUUAUGGCUGUACUUCAGUUUUUUUUUUUUUUUUCAUCAAAACAGACCACUCACGUUUUGUAUUACUGAAGAAAGUUGUACUUUGUGUUGAAACAUCCCUGAGUACCUGCACUGUCAGUUACUAGAAGGAGCAGUUAUUUGAACUGCACAAAUCAUAGCCUAGACUCUUAAUGACUUUUUUUUUCCUUCUUUCCCUGGAAAGCUCAAAUUGCAUCAAACCUGAUGGGCUCUUAGAGUUCACAAAGAAGCUGGAAGGCCACAUCCAGCAGAGAGGGGGACAGAUUCAAUUCACACACCUCCGCCUCUUCCAAAAUUGG